AUGGCAGACAAAGAAGAUCAAGUCCUUGGACAUUCACAGUCCCAAACCAGUGAUACAGCUGCCUUUGACGAAAGCCCAAAUGAAGAGAGCGGAACCAGCAUUCACAGUCUAGAUGACAGAGAAAAGCAAGACGACCUUGAUGGUCACCGACCCGCUCUCCAAGAGAUCCGGACCAAUACAUCUCAGGCUAAUCGUACCCUGUCCCGGCGAGACACAGUAUUGUCGCGUAUUCGUUCGCGACCCGAUAUUCGGUUUACACAUCCCCUUGCGCAUAUCCCGACAACAGAGGACGAGAUUGUCGACUUCGAUGGCCCUGAUGACCCCUAUCACCCUCUCAACUGGCCCACGCACAAAAAGGUGCUUACCACGGCGCUCUAUGGCCUUGUUACUAUGACAGCGACUUGGGCUUCAUCAGCAUACUCUGCUGGUACGCAACAGGUCGCCAAAGAAUUCCACGUUGGAACACAGGUUGCAACACUGGGAACCACGUUAUUCCUCUUCGGCUUCGGUGUUGGCCCCUUACUAUGGGCACCACUGAGUGAAGUCUAUGGUCGCCGUAUUGCUGUCAUGGCUCCCAUGUUUGUUGCCAUCUGCUUCAGUUUCGCAACUGCUACGGCCAAAGACCUUCAAACUAUCAUGCUGACUCGGUUCUGGGGAGCCUUCUUCUCAUCCGCACCUGUUACGAACACGGGCGGUGUACUGGGUGACCUGUUUUCUCCAGCAUACAGAGGCAUUGCCAUGGCUGGCUACGCAAUGGCUGUCGUCGGUGGCCCUUCUUUGGGUCCUAUUGUCUCUGCUGCUGUGACGGAGCAGUCAUUCUUGGGCUGGCGCUGGACCGAAUAUCUUACAGGAAUACUCCAGGCUGUUUUCCUCCUGAUUGCCGUCAUCUUCAUCGACGAAAGCUACCCCCCAAAACUUCUUGUAUACAAGGCGCGUCGGCUGCGCCAUGAGAGCGGAAACUGGGCUUUGCACGCCAAAUUCGAGGAAUGGGAUGUCAAUGUCAAGGACCUGUGCAAGAAAUUCUUGGUUCGCCCGGUGCAGUUGCUCCUGACACCCAUUUGCUUCCUCGUCGCCCUCUACGCCAGUUUCUGCUACGGCAUUUUGUACAUGCAACUAGGCGGCAUUCCCAUUAUCUUCCAUGAAAUUCGUGGAUGGGGCCCCCUGGUCGCUACGUUACCUUUUACAUGCAUCUUCCUCGGAGCUAUUUUUGGAUGUGGUGCUAAUGUAUACAACCAACUCUUGUAUAACAAGGCAUAUCAUGCCGCUGGCAACCGAGCAGUUCCCGAAAAGCGUUUACCACCCAUGAUGGUUGGCUCCAUCCUGUUUAGUGGCGGACAGUUCUUGAUGGGCUGGACUGGACCGCAACGUGACAUCCAUUGGAUCGUCCCUUGUAUCGGUCUCGUCAUGUUGGGCACGGGUUUCUUCACCAUCUUCCAAGCUGCGCUCAACUACCUGGUAGAUACAUUCCAGGCUUACGCCGCAUCAGCUGUAGCGGCGAACACUUUCCUUCGAUCAUGCUUUGCUGGUGCCUUCCCGCUGGUUGUCGGACCUUUGUUCCACAACAUUGGCGUCGGACCAGGCUCCAGUAUUACUGGCGGAUUUGCUGCGUUGCUGAUCCCUGUACCGUUCUUCUUUUACAAGUAUGGAAAACGAAUCCGAGCCAGUUCCAAAUGGUCAAAAGCAUCUGUUUACGACUAA